UUUUUAUGCUCAUUUACUUUUUCUCUAGAUAGCCAGUAAGCAACUCCACAUUCCUCUUUCAUUUCUCUUCGUAACAGCCACAUCAAACUUUCCAAUGGAACUUCCUCUAUUCUUCAUCACCUUCUCUAUCACCCUCUUCGUAAUUGGGCUAACAAAAGCCACAGAUCCACCAUGCCGGACCACCUGUGGCUCCCUACAGGUUAAGUAUCCAUUCGGCACCGCCUACGGCUGUGGCUCCCCCCGGUUCUAUCCCUACAUAACCUGUGCAUCCAGCGGAGAUCAGCUCCUUCUCACCACCCACACAGGCUCUUACCCCGUCAUCUCCAUAUCCUACGCCGCCUCCACCAUAACCAUCGCUCCUCCGUCCAUGUCAACAUGCACCUCCAUGCACCAAUCACUCAACUUCGGCCUAGACUGGGCUAGCCCAUUCCAGCUUGGCCCAUCAACUUUCAUCCUCCUCUCAUGUCCACCGCCAACCUCCUCCCUCACCAUGAAAGGAUCACCAGUCUGUGAUUCUUCGUCCUCCUACCUCUGUGCCUCGAUAUACACAUGUCCGGCGGUGAUUGGACUUGGGUUGCCUCUUUUUCCUCCUACUAACACGUGCUGUGUGUAUGCUCCGGCGAACUUUAACGGCAAAAGUGAACUGGAUCUUCACAUGCUGAAGUGCUUGGGGUAUGCAUCAGUUGCAUCUCUUGAGGAUUACCCGACAGACCCCAGCCGGUGGGAGUAUGGAGUGGUACUGAACUAUAGAAGUGGAGCUUUUGAUGAUUUUGACGUGGAUAAUAAGUGUAACACUUGUGAGAGUAGCGGCGGUGUAUGUGGUUAUGCUCCGCCGGAAAAUUCCUUCACUUGCUUAUGCAGUGGUGGAAUAAACACCACCACGGAUUGCAAUGGCUACAGUCACGAUCUGGGAUUUACUUGGGGCUCCGUUUCUGCUAUACGAUCAUGGAAGAUUUGGUUGGGGAUUUUAGCUGGUCUGAUUUUCAUUGGAGCAACUUGAUAUAGGGAUAUUAAUGUUUGAUGAUGCUUGGAUUUCAUCUCUGUAGCACACCUUGGUGAUCCUUUUGUAAGAAAAAGACCCAUUUGUAUUGGCAAGUAAAAGUUGCAAGGUAUCAAAGUUAGGCAACCAAAUCUUUGGUGGAGUUCAGCAUAGAUUGGAAGGAAUAAAGGUGGAAAAGGAGCAUCUAUGCAUUAGAAACAUUAGUCUAAUUCUUACACUAAAGCAAGAGCUUUUCUCUCUC